AUGAAUUAAAGUUGGAGAUAAAAGUUUGAGAAAGAUAAAUAGUAUCCUCGACACCCUAUGGCUCAUAAAAAUGGUAAUGCAUUUUUGAAUAUUUAAAGGUGGUGUUCAUAUGAAUUAAGAGGACGAUACCAAGCUUUUUUAGAUAGCAGGAGCAAUGAUAAAAUAAAUUGGAUCAAAAAUAGCCAAAGGAGAUUUCAAUUUGGCUACUAUUCCAAAACCCAUAUGUUUAACAGCACCUAAAACUGCAAAUGAAUGCUUAACAUUGUAUAUUGUUUAUUAUAAACAAAAAGCGAUCAUGACUAUGCUAACCUUUAUCUUACAGAAGCAGCAAAAUGUAAGGAUCCUCUUUAGAGAAUGAUAAUGGUGGUAACAAAUGAAAUAGCUUAUCUUCAUGGAACACAUACUUAUUUGAGGUCAUUGGCACCAAUUGAUCCUAUGAUUGGAGAAACAUGCCAAAAAAUAAAGGAGGACGGGACUGCCUUUUAUUGUGAGUUUAUCAAGGCUGAUCCGCCAACAACGCUAUAUCAAAUUUAUGGGGAUGGGUGGCAAAUCUAUGGUUCAGAGGAGGUUUUGGCAGAAAUACAUCCAACUAUAACAUAGAUUAUAGGUAAGAAUCUCAAACCAAAAUACAUAAAAUUUGCGGACGGAAAGCUGUACGAAAUAAAAGUGCCUGGGAUGAUCAUCAAUGGUUUAAUGAAAGGAGAUCGAAUUUUAAAUAAGUUGGAUAGUUUCACAGUGAAGUGUGUGCAAGAUAAAUUGGUUGCUUAAAUAAAUUUCAGUUAUGUGUAUGAAGGGAGUGCUUAGAAGAUCAAAAAUAAAUUGAUGUUCUGGUCAUAACAAUAGAAGCCACUUUCAGAUUUGGUGGAUGUGAAAAUAAAUAAAUUAAUUAAUGUAAUAAUAUUAUUAAAAAGACUGAUGACGAUGAUGAAGAUCAAGUGUUCACCUUGGCGAAAGGAUCAGGGUCGUGGUUGUCUCAUUUUGAAAUGGAUGGCGAAGUAUUGUGGAGAAUAGAUGAUCCCAUCUAACCAUGGAAGGAACCACCAUACAUACUGCCAAGCGACUCAAUAUUCAGAGAGGACAAAGCAUUCAUGUUGAAGGGAGAUGAUGAAGCAGCCUAGACGUAAUUGUGAUGUAUUAAUAAUUUAAAGUUCUCGUAACAAGAUUGAAGAGCUUGGAAUAAAAGAUUAAACUCUAAGAAAAAAGAGGAAGUGAGAUAUUUGAUAAAAUGUAAAGUAAG